GCUCUGUAGACCCCUCUGGCCCCCUCCGCACACGAGACCUCGCCUGGACGAUGUCGGUUUCACCCUGCACCUUUGUGUGCACUGUCCCUGCUUCCUGGGUGAACCACCUGUGGGUGCCGGAAAACCCAGCCAGAACAUGUCCUUUGGGACAUUUUCCACUCUUGCCCCAUCCCUGCCGAUCCCCGCAGCAUUUGCUGGACGGGACGUUCCUGCAGGCCCUGGGCCUUUCUGAGGCUUCUGUCUGCUCUCCCUCUGACGGGGGCCUGGCCUAGGAGACACUGAGUUAUCUGUUGAAGGGAUUAGAUGCAUGUGCUGAUGUCAGGAAGGCCAGUGUGCUGGAGGGGGCAGGCCCCGUGACCUCUCAGUGGCGCUGCCCCUGGUCGCCCUGAUUGCUCAGUCAUGGAACAUCUGGGAAUGUCUGAGGAGAAGCAUUUACGUGUUGGCAGCCUCUUAGCCCCAGACGUCCCCCUAAAAGAGGCUGGUAUCCCCCGGUCGAGCGAUUCCUUGGUUUUGAGAAGGAAGGAUGUUUCCCCAGGAUGUGGGGAGUUUGAGGUGCGGCAUGUAGAUGGAGCCCCUGUCCUUGCUGUGAGCUCUCCCUGGUGGCCCAGGCCUGGUGGGCCAUGGGGUACAGAGGUGGGCAGGGGACCGGUCACGGGUGGUGGAGUGAGUGGCACUGAUCCAAGGGGCCCUGAGUGCCUGGGGUCUGGGAGUGAGUCCCCUGGGGCCCGAACGUGAGGGACCCAGGCAAGGCCGACCUCCUGGAGUGAGCACACGGGAUCUCACGAGCUGGUGAGAGAACAGGCCGUCCACCGAGGGGUGGGUGGGGAACAACACAGCCGUUGGACCGGCACAUCCCCGCGCCUGCGUGUACCAGGCUGACUCAGCUGCUGGCCAGGUGGCCGAGCGGCAGUCUCUUCAAUGGCAUUCAGAUUCUGCGGUGGGUGAGUCAGGCGUGCAGGUGUGGGUGCAGCGCGAGCAGCGUGAGUAAGGAGGGACCUGUGUCCACGUCAGUUAAGGCAGCAGUCGGUUCUAGGAAAGUCAGGAAUGCUGGGUAGUCGUGGAACCUGAGGCUGAGUAGAUGAUGAGGGGUGCAGAGGUGGACAUGAGGGUCCUCUGAGCCAGACAACGGGCAGAAGGGAACUGUCCACAGAGACUGGUGUCUGACGUUCCGAGGGGACCACACGCAUCCGCCAGGUCGGUCUUGGGAGCCCACCCGGGUGGGCACGGCUGUCAGCCGGCCUGGAGGGUCCAGCUCUGAUAUGAAGCUGUGCUGACAUCUCAAAAACCUUUCCCCCCAGGUGUUCAAAAGGCCGUCAUCUCUUCCAGAGUUUAGAGACUCCUGCCAGCUACCAGGACAGAUGGGGAAUAGCAAGAGCCUCUCGGGGCAGAGUCUCUCCCCGCGGUUUCUUCCUGCGGAGCAGGCCGAGAUCGACAGAUUGUUUGAUGCUCUGUUGUCGGCGGAACUCCGCUCCAGUACCUCGCCCAGAUCCUUCUCUCUGCAGGCACUGAAGGCAAGAGUAACAGUCAGAAGUUCAUGUUGAAUUUGGGGAGGGGUCAGGCCAACAUUGGCUGUCUGUUCCCGUAAGACAGGUGUGGGAACACGGAGGGGUGUGUUUUCUGGAAAGGGACAGAUAGUACCUAUUUUCAGCUUUGUGGGUUCCAUGGUCCAUGUUGCAGCUGCUCUGCUCAGCCUUCGUAUCACAGUGUUUGGGGGACUUUUCCCACUUGAGGUUGACUAGAGGGGCUGGCCUCUUCCUGUCUCUUGAACCACUGUCCCCGAUUUCCCUCCAGACGAGUGAUAGGCUGCCCUUAGCUGUAUUUGUGGGUCCAAUAACUGCAAAGUUUCAGGUCCACCUUGACCUUUAGGAUUCGUAAGCGUUUGACGUCCUGGGAGUUUUGUGGUUUUCCUAACAAAAUAACGAAGUUUCAGAGUCAAGAUUCACCUGACAACGAGUGAGAACUGCCCAUUUACCCAUCUUUUGGCCCCGUUCCAUGGGGCUCUUAGCCACGUGUUUGGGUGGUUUGGGUGCUCAGACAGAGCGAGACAACAGCAAAGAGACCUCAUCAGCCCAUCCCCCUGGGCAGCGGGGAGGCGGUGCAAUGUGUGAAGACAUUUCAGAGCCUCCUCUUUUAAAUUUAGUUUUUUAUCGAACUAUAGUUGAUUUACAACGUAGCGUUAAUUUCUGCUGUACAGCGACGUGACUCAGCUAUACACAUAUACACAUUCUUUUUUAUAUUCUUUUCCAUUAUGGUUUCUCCCAGGAUAUUGAAUAUAGUUCCAUGUACUAUAUAGUGGGACCCUGUUGUUUAUCCAUCCUAUGUAUAAUAGUUGACAUCUGGUAACCUCAAGCUCCCACUCCAUCCCUCCCUGACUCCCCCUCGGCCUUGGCAACCACAAGUAUGACCUCUUAUGUCUGUGAGUCUGUUUCUGUUUUGUAGAUAGGUUCUUCUGUGCCAUAUUUUAGAUUCCACAUAUAAGUGACAUCGUAUAGUAUUUGUCUUUCUCUGUCUGACUUACUUCACUUAGUAUGAUAAUCUCUAGGUCCAUCCAUGUUGCUGCAAAUGGCAUUAUUUCAUUCUUUUUUAUGGCUGAGUAGUAUUCCAUUGUGUAUAUGUACCACAUCUUCUUUAUGCAUUCCUCUGUCGAUGGACACUUAGGUUGUUUCCAUGUGUUGGCCAUUGUCAGUAGUGCUGCUGUGAACAUAGGGGUGCAGGUAUCUUUCUGAGUUAUAGUUUUGUCUGGAUGUAUGCCCAGAAGUAGGAGUGUGGGAUAAUAUGGUAGCUCUAUUUUUAGUUUUCUGAGGAGAGCCUCCUCUUUUAGGACAUGCAGAAUAGGAGCGGAUGGCAUUGGGGAUCCCCCCAACAUACUCACGUUAUAGUUGAGGAAACUGGCCAGGGAGGUUAUUGGGGUUACAGCUUGUGUGUGUGUGUGUGUGUGUGUGUGUGUGUGUAUCUCCACUAGGCCAAAAGCACCCCAGUCUGCUGGGUCGCCCACUAAGCUGGAGCAGACAAAACAAGACAGGCCACUUAGGAACUUAACUGCUGAGUUCGUGACAAGUUCACAGGUGUUUAUCAAGAUAAAUAGGGUGGGGCUUCCCUGGUGGCGCAGUGGUUAAGAAUCCUCCUGCCAGUGCAGGGGACACGGGUUUGAGCCCUGGUCCGGGAAGAUCCCACAUGCCGCAGAGCAGCUAAGCCUGUGCGCCACAACUACUGAGCCUGCGUUCUACAGCUCGCGAGCCACAACUACUGAGCCUGCAUGCCACAACUACUGAAGCCUGCACGCCUAGAGCCCAUGCUCCACAAGAGAAGCCACUGCAAUGAGAAGCCUGCGCACCGCAACGAAGAGUAGCCCCCGCUGGCUGCAACUAGAGAAAGCCUGCGCGCAGCAAUGAAGACCCAAUGCGGCAAAAAAAAAAAAAAAAGAUAAAUAGGGUGAAAAGUUGGUCAGAAAACCUUGGCAACCAAAUAAAGGUUCCUUUGGGAACGAAUUAGAGGUUUCUCUUCCAGUAGAACUUUGGAAACACCGACAGAAAUAGGAAUACUCUUUUUGAGCAAUGAGGGUGGGAAACUGCUUUACAAGAAAUACAGAAUAUUGAUGUUGUCACAGACCGUGUAGACACGGGAAGUUGUUACAGGAGACUUCAGUUUUCAGACCUCACUGAUUUAGUUCAUGGUUUGCUUUCUCUCCCCCUGUAUUUAUGAUCCUGGACAAAAUCAGAUUUGAUGUUGGAGUCAAAGAGAAGAGGGUAUUUACAGAAUGUUACUGGCAAGACGAUUAAGAACUAGAUUUUUUUCUUUUAAUUUUUUGGCCUUGCUGUGUGGCAUGUAGGAUCUUAGCUCCCUGACCAGAGAUUGAACCCAUGCCCCCCGCAUUGGCAGCGUGGAGUCUUAACCACUGGACCGCCAGGGAAGUCCCAAGAACUAGAUUUUUAAAAUUUUAAAAAAUUUUUAUUGGAGUGUAGUUGAUUUACAGUGAUGUGUUAGUUUCUGCUAUACAGCAAAGUGAAUCAGUUAUACCUAUACAUAUAGCCACUCUUUUUUAGCUUCUAUUCCCAUAUAGGUCAUUACAGAAUUUUGAGUAGUUCCCUGUGCCAUACAGUAGGACCUUAUUCGUUAUCUAUUUUAUAUAUGGUAGUAUGUAUAUGUCACUCCCAAUCUCCCAAUUUAUCCUCCCCCCCUUUCCAAUGCAUACUGAGCACAAAGAACUCGGAUUGAUAACGCUAGCUAAUAUAUUUGGAAGUCCAUAGUAUAGAGCAUGCCAGUUUAGCACUACACAGACCCUAUGUUCCAUAUGGAAAUAAAUUUAGACAUGCAAAUGACAGCUACUAGAAUCUAGAAUUGAGGAGAUGUUGUAAGCAGAGUGAAGAGCAGACGAUGGCCAGAGGCAGGGAUGACACAGCCAGUCUGGGGAGACUGGGAAGUCUGGAGGGCAGGAUGGGAACAGAUGAUGGAAGAGUCUGACGGCCAAGAUGAGCCACGAGCCAGGAUGCGUUACGUGUGUGGGUCCUGCGGUGUCAUGAUGCCCUUAGGUGGGGAGAGAUGGUGCAUUUGGGGAUCUAGGAAGGUUAUGUGCUGGUAGCAGUGGUUGGUCUUUCUCCCUUAGCUAUAUUUCCAUCAUCCUGCCUCAUUUGACUGGCACCCUGUCUGACCUCUUCACCUACCUGUCCCCGCAGAGCCAUGUGGGGGAAGCUCUUCCCCAAGAGAUGGUCACCAGACUGUUUGAGGGCAUGCGGAGGGUGGACGUGACUGGGAAGACCAAGGGGCCCAGUGAGCGCAUCUCCCAGGAGCAGUUCACAGUGUCCAUGUCCUACCUUUUGAAAGGAAAUGCUGAGGAGAAGAGUCUUGUGAUCCUGAAAAUGAUUUCUGCCACAGAAGGUCCCGUGAAAGCAAGAGAGGUCAAAAAGUUUACAGAGGACCUGGUUGGCUCUGUGGCACACGUGCUAAACUACAGACAGGAGCUGAGAGGCUGGACUCAGAAGCAAGCCCCAGGCUCCCCGUCCAGGGUGCAGGUGCUGGCUGCUCAGCUGUGCUCCGAGAUGAAGCUUCAAGGCGGUGAGAAGCCUCUGGGGCCUCAGCGGCUGGAAUGUGACCGAACCACAGUUGAGGACUGGGUGUUCAGGGCUCCCCACGUGGCCACGUUUCUGAGCGUGGUCAUCCACCAAGGCUUCCUCCUCCUGGGCUCGUCCCUCGAUCUGGCCACCCUGGUCCCCGAGCGCCAAGUCGACCAGGGACGGGAGUUUGCGAGCGUCCUGGAUGUCCUGUCCGUCAUCUACAUCAACUCCCACCUGCCCAGGGAGCAGAGGCACCACUGGUGCCUGCUGUUCUCAUCCGAGCUCCACGGGCACAGCUUCGCCCAGCUCUGCGGGCGCAUCACACACUGCGGGCCCUGCGUGGUGCUGCUCGAGGACCACGACGGCCAUGUGUUCGGUGGCUUUGCUUCCUGCUCCUGGGAGGUCAAACCUCAGUUUCAAGGGGAUGACAGGUGCUUCCUGUUCUCCAUCUCCCCCAGCAUGGCCGUGUACACCUCCACGGGCUACAAUGACCACUACAUGUACCUGAAUCAAGGGCAGCAGACCAUCCCGAAUGGACUGGGCAUGGGAGGGCAGCACAAUUAUUUUGGCCUGUGGAUCGAUGUCGAUUUCGGGAAAGGACACAGCAAGGCCAAGCCCACAUGCACCACGUACAACAGCCCUCAGCUCUCGGCCCAGGAGGACUUCCGGUUCGAGAAGAUGGAGGUGUGGGCGGUGGGAGAUGCUUCGGUGACACAGCUGGCCAAGAACACCAAGAGCGUUCUGGACGUGGACCCUACGGCCCAGGCCCUGCUGGAAGUCAGUGGGCGGACGCGCCACAGCGAAGGGCUCCGGGAGGUGCCUGAGGACCAGUGAGGCGGAGCCCCCAGCACGGGCCUUCCUGGAGCUGGAGCACAGCCUGCAGACUGUGUUUUACUUUACUCCAGAGCGUGCUGGUCACGUCUAGGUGGUCCUGGAGGUGCCUAAUUGAAACAGAGUACAGUUCCUCUGAUGCUAUAUAUCGAUUGGUGGGUAUGUCUCCCCCGAAAUAUGUCCAAUUACCAGCUUGAUUCCUGGACUUCGCUCAUUUUGUACAGAUGAAAUCCAAAGACGAUGCUGAGACGUUUGAGGCCGACUGGAAUUAGCAGUGGUUGGGGAUUUGAGUUCUUGCUGGAGGGGGAGGGGGGGUCCACUCACUGAGGGUCACUUGGCCUCUGCACAGGCCUCCCAGUUAAAAGCCUCGAUGUCCCAUUUCUACUGGUAAAGGGCAGAGGUGCUCAGAUGGGAAUCUCAACCCUUUGGGGAACAGCUUCCUCUGACAUGGAAUUUUUGUAUUUCGGAAAAAAAAAAAAAAGCACAGGAGUGUACUAAUGGGGGUAACAGCUGGAGAUUUUGAAGAUAACGGUGAUAUGGGUCUUCAGUAAGGUUCAGUAUCUGCCUUUCUCAGAUGUUUUUAACACAUUACUGACCAGAGACGUAUUAAUACGUCUUUUGUUACCCAAACAUCAUUGACCAGAGACGUUUCAGUAUUCAUUUACCUAACAAAUCGCCGUCCACAGGCAUUAGUUUCUGCAAAAAUCCCCCGGUCAGUGAUGAGUUAAGUGAGUCUGUGCUAUGAGCAAAUGGGAAAACCAGGAGGUCUACAGAGAAGCAAAGUUGUGGUUCUCUUACUAAUUUAAACGUGGGGCCAUUCGGGGCCCUGAGGCUAAGAUUCCUGUUAAUACCCGUAUGGCCUGUCGCAGGAAUUAGUGGUGAGUAACUAGACUGGCCCGGGCUCCUGACCUCCCAGCAUCACCCCCACCCCGUGCUGCUUCCCGAGGGGACGUUGGGUACUUUGACAGCAUGGACUUGCUUUAAACGAACAGUGAUCCUGAAGUGCUAGCAAAGAUGUUGGUGGGCCGGACCUCAGGCAGAGCUGCCGUGUCCCUUCCAGUCCCUGCAUCCCUCGGAGGCGGCCUGAAGAAUCUCCGGACACUGAGAAUCCCGCUCAGCGGAGCUCUGCCCUUUGCUACCCAUUGCCCUUCUGCAGAUCUGACGAGAUGCUGCCUUGUUAUUGAGUUGCCCCCGAUUAUAAGCCGUAGUAAACCGAGCUGUUUGCAUUUCACAGGCUCUGCAUUUUCCACCGGGAGGCUCGUCAAACUCUGCGCUGAGCCGAGCAGAAGGCCUUGCACAUGGGCCUUCGGAAGAGAGGUGCUCAGACGGUGACAUGCACGCUCGGUCAUGAUUGAUUUUCCUUAUAAAAAGCCAGUUUUUAACAGCUUCUCAGGUACAUUUUGUGAGUUCUUAAUUGAUGGGAAGCAGAUGCAGGAUAUUAGGAUCCUCAGGUAUCCUUACCGUAAUCUGAAGAAUUAGGCCCCGAGUCUUCAGUGUGUUACAGAAUAUUUUUUUAGAAAAAUGCAAUGAAAUAAUGCCUCGCUAAUAAAAGGUCCGUUGAAGACCACUUCCUACGGCCUCUGUCUGUGGCUGUCAGAGAGGCUGGAUGUGUCUGCCGGCCUGUUUUCUGCCUUGUGCCUCUUCUAACAAUAGUGCAGGACAUACCUGGGGGCCUGACGGUUUCCUAAGACAGCACACCUCCUCGAGGGAAGCUGGGCGCCCAGCCCAGGCGCUUGGUCACCUGGGGUGUUCGGCCCUCGCAGGGGGUGUGGGGCAGCCAUGUGAUUCCCCAGCACGUGUGGUCCCGAGCACACAGACCAGUUUGGUGUCAGCUGUGCCCGGGGCCACAGGACCCGAGGAACCACGCUCCUCCUGGGCCUGAGAAACCCGUGAUGCUAGUUUUAACAUGUGAUGAGUUUGUUCUUUGAUAAAAUGGGAGUAAGAAUUCAGGUUGUAAGGACUAGCGGUCUCCCUGGAGGUGAAGACUCAUAAGGGCCCCUGAUAGGCGCUGGAAGAAAGCGGUGAAAAAACGCUGUUCAUGGUACAGCAUGGCUGUUGUUACUUUUCUCCCCCACCAUAUUUUUUUCUGGAAAUUUUUUUCUUUUAUUGAAUGAAAGAGUCUUUAAAUUCUCCAGUGCUUUACAAUUUUAAAAGGUUUCACACACGUGGUCUUAUAUAAUCCCAUAAUCCCCCCCCCAUAUUGCCCCUCCCCACUGGUAACCACUAGCUUGGUCUCUGUAUUUGUGAGUCUGCUUCUUUUUCAUUUUAUUCACUAGUUUGUUGUAUUUUUUAGAUUUCACAUAUAAGUGAUAUCAGACAGGAUUUGUCUUUCUCUGACUUAUUUCAUUUAGCAUAAUGCGCUCCAAGUCCAUCCAUGUUGCUGCAAAUGGCAAAAUUUCAUUCUUUUUUAUGGCUGAGUAAUAUUCCAUUAUAUAUAUAUGUACACACACACCACAUAUUCAUAUGUAUGUAUAUAUAUGCACACCACAUGUUUAUCCAUUCAUCUGUUGAUAGACACACCAUAGUUUUUUUUAAUUAAAAAAUUAGCUUAUGCAUACACAGCAAAAAAGGUCAAAAUACAAAAGGAUGUAACUUGAAAGCUAAGUCUUCCUCCUGACUCCGCUCUAGCAUUUUGUUCCCAAGAGGUAAUGUGUUGUACACACUGGUGUGUCCCUCACCUUUUUUUGGGUGGAAAUUGCUCUGUCUACCCAUUUAUUCUCAUUGUCUAUGUAAUGUCCCAUGAGAUGGAUGCCCCAUCCUUUCUGGUGUUCAGCCAUCCCCGGCUGGGGAAUGGUCUGUUUGUAGCUAAUUGUUACUGGAAUGAAUAUCGUUUAUAUACAUCUUGGUGUGGUUUUGUCUGGCAAAUAAACUCUUUGAAGCUGAGUUGCUGGAUCAAAAGGUACAUGCUUUUUUAUUUAGGUAUUAACAAAUGAACCUCUUUCAAGCUAGAUUUAUACUCUUGAGACCUGGCAUGCCUGUUUGCCAUGUUUUCACCAAUACUAUAUUAAAAUUUAGUUUUUGUUUACCUGAUGCUUGAAAACUAAUUUUUUUUUCUCUUAUGAAUGACAGUGAAGAGCUUCAUUUUUCAAGAACGGUGUGUGUCCUAUCCCUCACCUGGUUUCCUAGGGUGUGGGUGUUAUUGGUUUGCAAAAGUGCUCUUUUUAAAAAAAAAAAAAAACUUUAUUUAUUUAUUUUUGGCUGCGUUGGGUCUUCAUUGCUGCACGCGCAGGCUUUCUCUAGUUGUGGCGAGCGAGGGCUACUCUUCGUUGCAGUGGCUUCUCUUGUUGUGGAGCAUGGGCUCUAGAGGUGCGGGCUUCAGUAGCUGUGGCAUGCGGGCUGUGUAGUUGUGGCUCGUGGGCUCUAGAGCACAGGCUCAGUAGUUGUGGCGCACGGGCUUAGUUGCCCCGCGGUACGUGGGAUCUUCCCGGACGAGGGCUCGAACCUGUGUCCCCUGCAUUGGCAGGCAGAUUCUUAACCACUGCGCCACCAGGGAAUUCCAAGAGUGCUCUUUUGAAUUAAGCAAAAUGGCAUUGGCCGCGUGUGGUAAAUGUUUUUUCCAGUUUGUCUGCCUUUAUUUUUCCGUACAUAAAUUUUGCAUUUGAUGUCAUCAUAUUUCCCAGCUUCUGAGAUGUGUGGUUUGCUUAGGAAGUUUUUCUCCACUCUGAGAUUAAACAAAAAGAAAUACCGUGUUUUCUUCUACUACUACUGUGCUUUCCACUUAUACUUCUGAAUCUUCAAUCCAUUCAAAAUGUAUUUUAAUUUUUUAUUUGUUUUUUUGAUUCUCUUUAAAAAAUUUUUUUAUUUUAUAUUGAACUAUAGUUGAUAUACAAUGUUGUAUUAGUUUCAGGUGUACAGCAAAGUGAUUCGGUUAUAUAUAUAUCUGUUCUUUUCCAACUUCUUUUCACAUUUAUGUUAUUAUAGAAUAUUGAGUAGAGUUCCCUGUGCUGUAUAGUAGGUCCUUGUUGGUUAUCUAUUUUACAUAUAGUAGUGUGUACAUGUCAAUCCUAAACUUCCAGUUUAUCCCCCCAUUGCCUUAUCCCCUUUGGCAACCAUAAGUUUGUUUUCAAAGUCUGUGAGUCUGUUUCUGUUUUGUAAAUAAAUUCAUUGGUAUCAUUUUUUAAA